ACCACCCGGGUGUUUGUGUGCAUGCUCUUGCGCGCGCCUACCCUGCAGUGACUUCCAAGCAGCGUGCUUGCAGCUUGCAGGCGGGUUGGGGGCUUUGCUUUCCAAUCUUCCCAGGGGCGUGUGUGUCUGUGUGUAUUUUUCUUUUUCUUUUCUUUCUCCAGCAGAGAAAGAAAAAGGGGGGAUGGUGCUUUCCUUGUUGCUGCACCGCCUUGGAAGGUUUGCAAAGCGGGAUCAUGAUUAAUAAAUGAACGGGAUCCUCGGAUCGGCCGGCACCUGUAAGGAGAUAGGCGGACCGGUCUCUGGAGACGGGAGGAGGAGGAAGAGGAGGAGGAAGAAGAAGAGGAGGAGGCGCACAGGCAAAGCAGACAGGCUGGCAUCGCCGCUGCGGAAAGACCUGCCCUUUAACGCUGCACCAAAGGCGCGCGCGCAUCGCUCGAGACCCGGGCUGCAUGACCAUUGCAAAGAUGUCAUGGUGCCCUCAGUACCGCACUUCCAAAUUCCGCCAUGUUUAUGGAAAGCCAGCCAACAAGGAGAACUGCUACGACUGUGUCCCCAUCACCCAGAGCGUCCAUGACAACCACUUCUGUGCUGUGAACCCACAUUUCAUUGCCGUUGUGACAGAAUGUGCAGGUGGAGGAGCCUUUCUUGUAAUACCAAUCAGUCAAACAGGAAAGCUUGAUCCACAUUACCCUCGUGUCUGUGGCCACAAGGGAAAUGUUUUAGACAUUAAAUGGAAUCCUUUUGAUGACUUCGUAAUAGCUUCAUGCUCCGAAGAUGCAACGGUCAAAAUCUGGAACAUUCCUCAGCACUUACUCACCCAAAGUAUCACUGAGCCACAGAAGGAGCUUUUCGGUCAUACGCGAAGAGUGGGGCUCAUUGAGUGGCACCCCAUUGCAAGUAAUAUCCUUUUCAGCACUGGAUAUGAUUACAAAAUCAUGAUCUGGAACCUUGACACCAAAGAGUCCGUCAUUCAGGCCCCAGUGAAGACAAUCAGCUUCCACACGGAUGUGGUCCUCUCUAUGUCAUUCAACACGGAUGGCAGCCUCUUGGCCACAGCCUGCAGGGAUCGGAAAAUACGGAUCAUUGAUCCACGCGAGGGAACCCUCCUGCAGGAAGCAAACAACAAGUCUCACAGAGUGAAUAAAGUUUUGUUUCUAGGAAACAUGAAAAAACUGCUCUCCACGGGGACCUCCAAGUGGAAUAACAGGCAGAUUACAAUAUGGGAUCAGGAUGACCUCUCUGUGCCUUUACUUGAGGAGGAUGUGGAUGGCUCAUCGGGUCUCUUGUUUCCUUUCUAUGACUCAGACACUGGCAUGUUUUAUGUCCUGGGCAAGGGAGACGGGAAUAUUAAGUACUAUGAGAUAAGUCCAGAGAAGCCAUACCUCCAUUACCUGAUGGAAUACCGCUCCCCUUUGCCCCAGAAAGGAAUCGGUGUCAUGCCAAAGAGGGGUCUGAACGUCUCAUCUUGCGAGAUCUUCCGAUUCUAUAAACUGAUACCAGUCAAAAGCCUGAUUGAGCCAGUUUCUAUGAUUGUGCCUCGGCGAUCUGAAUCGUACCAGGAAGACAUCUAUCCACUGACAGUUGGAGUCCAGCCAGCGCUGACUGCACAAGAGUGGCUAAGUGGUGCUAAUAAAGGUCCUGUUUUGAUGUCUCUCAGGCCAGGAUCUGUGAUCUUGAACUCUUUGCCACCCUUACCUGAGAAGGAGCCCUCUUUGGAAGAAACCGAAUCUGUCCGAAUAGCUGACACUCCUGGAAAAUCAAGCCGAAUCCAAGAGAAGUGGGGUUGUAGGACAGCAGAGAAAAGAGGAAAGGAAGACAGGCCAGUGGGGUUGUCUAAUGGCUUCGACAUUUUUGAGUGUCCUCCACCCAAAACAGAAAAUGAGCUGCUGCAAAUGUUUUACCGUCAGCAGGAAGAAAUCCGGAGGCUCCGCGAACUGCUGAUCCAACGGGACGUCCAGAUGAAACAACUGGAGCUGGAGAUUAAAAACUUUCGCAUGGAUUCGGGCCGGGUUUGAUUGGAUGUGGCUUGGCUGCCUUUGACAGGCAGCUCUGCUCUAGGACAAUGUUUGCCCCAAAGUACCUUGGUGGGGAAAUGAUGGAUUGGAAAGAAGACUUGUGAUUCACUGGCAAAUCAUUGCCUGCCUUGCGUGCCCAAUUCCCAGAAGCUGGAGACCACUGGGGCUCUCAACUAGUGCUUUGUUUACUGGUCACCUUCCUUCCUCAUCUCAAAGUGGUGCCAGAUUCAUUCUGAAUUGGAGAAUCUCAAGGGGAAGACGAAGGCCAGUGGCCUCCUUGUACCUGUGUGGCCUGGUGCUUGAAGUGCUGGGCAUCUCUCCAGUUGCAGCCCUGGUGCCCAGCCGUGGUUGGCAGCACAGUUGUCUGGGUUUGCGAGGCAGGCUGCCUUCUCCACUGCAGGAUGGAUACAAGGCCACUAGGAGCAGCUCAGGACUCUUUCUUGUUCCCUUUCAAACUCGGGUGGCAAAGCUGAAUGUUUUUGCCUUGGGUUGUGUUGGCUGGAGCAGUGUAUGUGGGAUGUGUCAAGUCAUCGCCUUCGUUUCAAAGGUUUUCCUUUUUUGGGGAGCAUAGUUGGAUCUGAGAGGUGUGGAGCAAAUCGGAGAUGUAAUCAGAGAAUGGGAAGUCAGGAAUCUGUACGUAGAAACCUGAAGUCAAAAGCCAGGAUUCUUAGCCUAGUUCUGAGAAGUGGAGCAGCUCGGGAACUAAAGAGAAAUCGGUUGCUCUAGUCAAUACACUUCACCUGUAAAAGUUGCUAGGGAUCACUUCAUGCCUUAAACCAGUCCUCCAAGAUGGCUUCCUUCCAACUGUCUCAAACUUUGUCUUCUGGGUUGUUGCUUCUCUGUCUUUCCAAAAGUUCUACUAGAACUAGUAUGGGGGACAUUGCAGUACAGAGUCCAGCAAAAAAGCUAACGCCAGCUUUCAGGUAAUCUUGAUCAUUCUCCAUCCUUCAGUGUUUUGCCAGGUUCACAGCCAUCAAUUCUGUGCUGCUUGCUUUCUACCGCUGUAAGAUCACACUCCGUUUUAUUUAAAUUGAUUUACGUCUUCUGCUUUGAGUUUGCACUAAAUCCUUUUUAUCCUAGCCUCCCCAAUUCUUCCUUUGCCUUCUCCUUUUCCCGCUUGACUAUGCAAAGCACUGCCAUCCAAACAGUUGUCCUUGGCUAAUCUCAGGGUCGAUAAUCUCAGAUGAUAGUGGAGUCCUGGGGAAAAUGGGAGAAAUAAUAAUAAUAAUAAUAAUAAUAAUAAUAAUAAUAAUAAUAAUAAUGAAGGAUUGAAGAGAAACAACUGGAAAAGCUGACACGAUAUGAGGAUUUAAAGAUCGAACUGCAAAGACUCUGGCACAAGCCAGUCAAGGUGGUCCUAGUGGUGAUCGGCACACUGGGUGCAGUGCCUAAAGACCUAGGCCUGCACUUAAGCACAAUUGACGCUGACAAAAUUACCAUCUGCCAGCUGCAAAAGGCCACCUUACUGGGAUCUGAACGCAUUAUUCGCCGAUACAUCUCACAGUCCUAGACACUUGGGAAGUGUCCGACGUGUGAUCCAAUACAACAGCCAGCAGAGUGUCUGCUGUGGACUCAUCUUGUUGAGUUUCUAAUAAUAAUAAUAAUAAUAAUAAUAAUAUCUUAAUUUUUAUACCCCGCCACCAUCUCCCCGAAAGGACUCGGGGCAGCUUACAAGGGGACGAGCCCGAAAACACCGAAAAAACACCACCAAUAAAAUAAAAUGAAACAAAAUAAAAACAACAUCAGAAAAACAUUUCGCCACAGUGCACAUUUUAAUAACAACAACAACAACAACUUUAUUUACAGACUGCCCUCUCUCCCCAAGGGAACUCAGAGCAGUUUCCAUACAAAAAGGCAAACGUUCAAUGCCAUAGUCAACAAAACACACGACUCAAAACAAUACAAAAUAACAUCAGUGAAUCUCUGCGUAUUGUUUACUGUACUUUUAUGCAUUUUCUCCCAAUCAGGAGGAGCAAAAAUGUUAAUAAGCAAACCAAAAAAAUUAGACGUGACAGCACCAGCUGGGGCUUGAAGGGACAUUUGUGUGAUGUCUCUCCAGGAGAGGAACACUAAAUCCCCUCCGCUCUUUAAGCUGACACCAGGGUAUAUGGUGGAAACUGCUUUAUUGACAGCUGACGUUUUCGAUAUCUUUUGCCCAAUUAACAGUAUUUGACACUGUUCCAACAGUUACACAGAGGCCUCCUCAUUAUGUCAUAAACUUCAGGCACAUCCCAGUUCUUUUCUUCCUCUUUUCCGUCCUGCUGUUGGGACUGAAAUGCUUGAACAACUUGUUUAUACGUAUUUACUUGGCCCUGCAAAAUGAGGAAAUUUCUAUACAAACAGACUGCCCAACUGGGGAGCCUGCAAGUGAAGCCAAGCCUGGGUAAUCUGCAAGUAAUACCAAACUGUCUCCUUCUGUUUGCACUUCUCUUCCCCUUAACACUCCCAUGUCAGCUUGUUUCUUGCUUCUGCUUUGUCCCUUCCCAGCUAAUGCAUGUUACUCUGCAAAGGCCAAUAGUCAGGGAAGCUGCUUUGUGCUUUCUCCAGCCUGGCUGGCCCUUCUGUUCUCUUUUGACUGGUACAAAAGGGUUUCCUAUCCUUCUAGGCUCCAUCAGCAAGCAGGGUGAGUGUGUUGGAGACAUGCACACGUCUAGUUCCUCCUCCUCCUCCUGUUUCUUUUUCCUCUGGUACCUUGAUGUGUUUCACAUGUCCAACAUAUGUUUUUAGUGUUCUUGUACAUUCUCACCAGUUUGACUGGGAUCAGGUACUAUCUAUGUGAUCAUUUUGUAGAAAGUCUCUUUCAAGCCAAAACUUAGAAUAUCCCAUUUCUGCAACUCAAUAUUCUGCCCAAGAAUCAUACAUUCUUUAAUUUAUUUUUCCUCUAAUUUCAUUUUCCGGAAAAAUAAACACAUAUUUCAACUCAAUAGGCAUCAUCUGUGCGUAGAUUGAUUUCAAAUUUAGUUUUAUUUUCUUCACAUUCAAUUUUUUUUAUCCAUUUGGUAUCUUUCAUAAAGUUGUUUAUGUUUGCACCGAUUGAAUUCCACUCCUACUUCCAACAAUUCCUGUGUUUUAAAUCUGUGUUGAGUCUUUUCAAACACUAUAGAAAUAUCUGUAUAUUAUACGUUUUACAUUUGUUUUCUUAUAUAGCUUAUAAAAUGUCUCCAGAAUGGAAAUCCAAAUUGAUAUUUUAUUACUUAGUCUUGUUUUAAAUUUAUUCCAAAUUCUUAAUACAGCUCUU